AUCGGUCUUUGUUCCACCUCUAGGCAAAGUGGGCUCGAUUUUUCUGUUUUUUAACCGAAAUUCUUAUUUUAAUGUAACAAACAAUCGGUAAUUAGGUAGAAAACCAUUGGAAAAAUGUGCAGGUCCAUAUAUUGAAUUUAAAAAUGUCGACAAUCCUAUAAAAAAUCGAGCGGGAAAAGCCUAGUUAGUGAAAAUUUAGUGAGUGCGCGUGUGGGGAGAAGAAGAAAAGUGGAAAUACAACGCUGAAAAGUAUCAGCGGCAAAAACGUUGUAAACAAUUGUAAUGCGCUGAGGAUAUAGCCGCCAAAUAGGAUCAAUCAAAAUGACGGAAACCUUUGACGAGGAGCUGUUCGAAACGCGACUGGAGGCGCUAAAGGACACCCAGGAGGGAAUCCGGCAAAUGUCUAACUGGUGCCUACAACACCGAGUAAACCACAAGAAGAUCAUCCAGUGCUGGCUAAAUGUUUUUAAAAGGGUUCGCGUUGACCAUCGACUGGUCCUCUUCUAUCUGGCCAACGAUGUCAUCCAGUACAGCAAGCGCAAGCGCUACGAAUUCGUCGAAUGCUGGGCUACAGCCCUGCAACGGGCCACCACCAUGGUGCGCGACGAGCGCGUCAAAGACAAAAUCCUGCGAAUCUUCAAGAUCUGGGAGCAGCGAGAGAUCUACAACGAGGAGUACCUAAGUGACUUGAGCGGCUUGUUAAACAUAGCGCCGCCCAAAAAGUCUCAGGUUGAUGUAAGUGACGAAUUUCAAAGCGCCACAUUGAUUGCCCAGGUGAGAGAGUGUGUUGAAUUGGCGGAGACCACGGACAAAAGCAUGCAGAAGUUGCCCAAACCGCCAAAUUUCGAGAUCGAGGUCAUCAAGCAGCAACUGAAGGACAAAAGCCACUCCGGGGACAUCGAAAAGGAGGUGGAGCGGUGUGUAGCAUUUAUCAAUGCCUACAAUAAGAACCUGCAGAACGAGAUUAAGAGUCGAAAGGCCGUAGUAGCCAGUAUUGAACAGGCCAAAAAGUUUUACGAGCAUCAGAGCAAGGAAGUCAAGGUGGUUGCCAGUGCCUAUAAAAGUUUUGGAACGCGCAUAAAAAUAGUGAAAAGAAAGUUGGACGACACAAUACCCAACCUGGCCAGUCCAAUACCCUCGCCGGACGCAAAUGCUCCCUCACCGGAACGCGAUGCAGAUCUCCAGCUCCCUGAAGAGAACAAUUUGCCACUGAACCUUUUUGGAAGUAGUUUGAAUGGCUUUACAAGUUAUCUGGAUGGUGGCAAACUACCCUUUGAUAUCAACGACUUCAAGCGGGACUCGAAGGAUCGGGGAAGUGCCAUCGAGGUGAUCGGAUCGCGGUCGGAUGACGAAGCCUAUGUGCCGAGUGCCAAUUUCUACAAGUCUGAGCCGAUUUCCAGUUCUGACAGCAGCAUACCUGGGCUUGGUGGUUCCGCUGAAUAUGUUCCCAAUCCGCCCUUGUUUGGUUCUAGCAACCAAGAGCAAUAUGUCCCGCCACCAUCUUCGCAUCUUUAUGGUGGCAAUGGAAACGGUGGAGGCAGUGGGAUUCAGGAAAAUCAGUACACGCCUGCGCCAAUGCCUCCACCACCCUUGCCACCGUCUCUAGGAACUGCCAGCGGUUCUGCAGAUGACUUCAACAGCACUUGGAAUAUGAGCAUGUCCUGGACACCGUUGGACACUAGCUUAAAUAGUAGUGGAGCGAGCUCCUCCUCAUAUGCUAAUCAAUCAACUCCCCACUCGCCACCGCAUUUUGACAGAAAGGGAAGCUCCACGUCCGCCAUUGAAUACAACGAGCACCUGCAUAACAAUCCCGCAACGCUGGGCUCCGAGGAUGUUGACCAUCGCACUCUGCAGCUCCCGCCGGCCUUCGAUUUUGGUGCAAAGCUUGGUUUGAGCAAGGACAAGUCUAGACAGUUGGUGGACAUUGAUCACAGAAAUUUAAUAUCGCUCACAGGUUCCCCAGGCGGAGCGGAAAAGUCUUCUUUCCAGGACUUUUCUGGCGGCGAUGUUGACUACCGAAUUGUCCCAAAUCCAAAUGACGAUGGCAUCAUGGCUCCUCCUGGAAAUACCUAUGCCAAAAGCAAGACCAGUUCACCGCUUAAAUCCAAUGCCAGCUCCUCAUCUGAAUCAGAUCGCUUGGAUGGUGCUGCCCGCUACGAUCCCGCUGAUAUGGUAAUUGACAUGGACAUGUCGGAUGAUGAUAUUGACGAAUCGCAGAGAGAACACAAAGAUGAUAAUGGAGAAGUCGAUGCCGAUGCCAAUGGCGCUAUGACACCUUCGCGUCCUGUUUUGUUGGAAACUCCGUCUGAGUUUAUUAAUACUUGGGAGACGAACAAUGCCUUUAUGGGUCAACCCGAAGAAGAGGACCAGCAACAUGAACAGCAGCCACAUCAACAAGAUCUACAGCAACAUCAUCAGCCCUGGAACCAAAUGAACCCCAUGCAAAUGGGAGGUGGUGGAGCACCGCCACCACCACCGCGACCUCCCUAUGGACCCCCGUUUCCGCCCUUUCAACGAUUCCCAGGUCCACCGAUGAAUGGUCCCGACGGAAUGCAACGCGGGCGAGGCAGAGGACGAGGCUGGAAUGGACCUGGUCCUGGACCAUUUAGACCGCCGUAUCAACGGCCAGGAUUCGAUGGUCCUGGACCCGGACCACGACCAUUUUUUCCAAGAGGAGGAGGACCCGGCGGUCCGAUGCGUGGACGCGGGCGGAUGCGUGGUAAAGCUUGGAUGAUGUAAUUACGUAUUUUAAAGAUCUCCAAAUGAGAGAAUCCUUAGUUUUAGACUUCACCUAUCUCACUUUGAUUUAAUUUAACAAAAAAGUGUAUUGUAUAGAACAGAUAACACAUUAACGCGAAACAUUUGUCUUGGUUUCCCUUUGGGCGGUGGGCAGACGACGUUGGCUGAAAAAUUGUGCAUUGCUCUGUAUGAUUUUUUUUCUGGUAAUAAGCAAUUUCAGUGUAAAAUAAUUAAAACGAAAACAAGUUGACCAACUAAAAAUAUAAAUAACAAAACGCAACUUGCAGUGAAAUUUAAUUAAGUAACCAUUCGUUGAGUUAUUUUCUUUUGUAAAAUAUUAAAUGAUGGAAAUAUAUGAUAACACUCACAGUGCUUUAAUUUUCCAACGUCUGAAGCCUUCAUCCAGGGGGUGAUUCUACACUUCUACACUUGCAAAGACUUUCAAUUUACGCUUUCAUCGUAACUUAUGUUAAUAUGUUAACUUAGGUUAUAAAUUCUCCAAUAAUUAGUUAAUGCGCCUUCGCUUAUAGUUCGUAGUGCUAAACAUAGAUAUUAAUGACUGUAAAUAGUUAUAAAAAUAGUCCAACAAUUAAUUGUUAACGAGAUUCAAAAAGUUUUAUGCUCUUCACCAACUGUCAAUGAUAAUUAUCUUCUACAAAUAUAUAAAUUCUUAAAUUUA